AAUUAUAAAAAAAGAGUUGAUAAUUUUGUUAUAAAUAUGAUCGAUAAUCCAAUAAUUACAAUAGAUUAUAAAGGCCCAACAGCCCAUAAAAUAAGGGACGAAUUUCCAGAAAAGUUUCUAAAAGAUCCUUAAGUAUAUAUAAAAGGUUUUAAAUAUGAAAAAGAUAGAAUAAAAGAAUCUAUAGAAAAAAAUUCAGAUUUAGAUUAUAUGCCUAAUUUAACAGUAGCAAAUCAUUAAUUUAGAGAAAGAUAGACAGAUAAAGAAAUAUAGCCAGAUAUGCGUUUUACAGCGAAAACAUCUUUAGAAAGAAUUGAAUAAUUAUUAAAAGAUCAUAUGUAAAGUUAAGUAGAGAAUAUUGAUUUUAGUAAAAUGAAAAAUAAAAAACAAUAAAAAUAAAAUGAAAAAUCAAAUGAAAAAAAAAGUGCAUGGGAUAAAAAUAAAGAACAAGCUUAAUAGCUAGCAAAAAAAUUACUUCCUUCUCUACACAAUAAAACACAUUUUAAUGCUGCUUAACUUUUAUAUAACAAUUAGCCAUGUAAUAAAUUUAAUACUAUUAUUAUAUAUAUUAAAAAUAUAGCUUGCUUAUGUGAUAAAUUAACCUAAUCUUAACAAACUUUAACUUUAAAACCAUUAUUAAUGGAAAAUUAAUAAUUUUAAGAUGAAGUCUAAUCCGUCAAAAAGAAUUAAUAGAAAAAAAAUGUUAAUUUCUUAGGGGAUGAUAUAACAGAUAAAACAUAAUAAAUAUAAAAGUUAAGUUAAGAUGAUUAAAAAGAAAUAAAUAAAGAUGAUUAAAAAGCUGAUUAAUUGGAAGCUUUUAACCCUGUGGAGACAUCUAAAUAAAUAUUAUUAUUAUGUAAUGUAAUUAGAAAUAAAAAUCAUAAAACAAAGACUUUAAAAAUGGGAGAUGGUCAUUUAAUUAGUACUUUAUAAAAAUCAGUUUCUUAAGUUUAUUAAGAAAUAUAUCAUAAAACUAUUAAAUUCCCAAAAAUUUAUUAAUGA